UGCAAUGAUAAAUUCAUGAUGCGAUUAUAAUCGAUAUUUAUACCUUAUACGAAUUUAGUCAUAUAUUUAAUGUUAAGUUCCUUAAUUUCUCUGGCUGUAAAAAAAACUUAAAAUUAGUUACAAAAACGACACUAAAAAAUGGCUGCUAGACGUCUCCACGGUCUGAUUUACGCGACAAUAGCCUUAUGUUGUAUGGUCAUCGUAAUUUGCAGUGUUUCAUUAGGAACUGACCAGUGGUUUAAGGCGACUGGGUCUUCGGUACAAAGUUCUUCACUAUCGAUAGAAGUCAGCUAUGGAUUAUUUAAAGGAAAGAAAAAAUCAACCAAUGAAAUAGGAUCUCUUGAAGAUGAGUUAAAAAUUGUAUGUGUAUCUUCGAAAUGCAUGUUCAGUUGUGGAAAAUCGGGGAGCCAAAGGAAACAAAAUCUGGAAGAAAUCAUCGCUGGGGGUGCAGUUACAGGGGAUACCAUAAUUUGCGCGUCUGGUCCUGUUGAAACUAGGGAUAGUGCGAAUAAAUUUGGAAACUUUAGCGGACGUCAAUCCGAUGGGACUACUACAGACCCAGUAUUUCUUAGUUUUGCCUUGUACCUCAUUACAAUAAUAUGCUUGUGCGGUGCCAUGAUUUUUGCCAUUGUUGGAGGAGGAUUGGCUCUUUACAACACGUAUAGAACACCUUUCCGGCCAAUUCUUAGCGUUUUUGGGCUUUACAUUUGGAAUGGAAUCUCUGCUGCCUUUGUACUGCUGGCAAUGAUUAUCUGGGGUGUGGCAUUCGCGACGUCGCUGUCAAAAAAUGCCGGAGUUAGUAACACGCUGACGGGUACAUACUCAACUAAAGGAAAUGGGUCACUUGGGAUUUCUUUUUGGAUUUUGCCCUUGGCCCUCGUAUUUGCCAUCACAAAUAUUGGAAUUAUUCGGUACCGCUCUUAUCGCAUAGUCGAAAUGGAAGCAAAAAAUGUUAAGGUCAUGACCGAAAAGCUCGAGAGUGGCGACAUAUUGCUAUUUUAACUUGAAAAAGAUGGAUCGACACAAUCCAAAGUUAUUAUAUACAGAGCAUUUUAUUAUUAUUAUUCACACGACAUCGGUAUUAUAAAAGUAUAAAGAAUAAGUAUCGAGAAAAAGUUAAAAUACCAGUCUCAUCACAAUUCAUGCAAUUGAAUAUCAAAAAG